ACCACUCAUUCAAAUUAUUUUAUUGGGCCUAAGCGUGUGUGUGUGUAUCUUGUGUUGAUUUCGUUUACCUACUUAGUGAAAUUGAGUGGCUGCUUUGUUUCAUAAUUUUGAACCUAAAUUUGGUACUUACCAACAUGUCUUCAGUAUGUUGUGGAACUAAAAAGCAGAAAUUAAACAAUUCUUAUAGUAACCAUGAUGACCGACCCUUGAAUGGUUACAACGAAUCAGUGGCUAUUCCUGAUAUGUGUUACUUUUGUUUCGAUGUUUUGUAUUCUCAGCUGCAUAGCAUGGACCCACCGCAAACACCUAAUUUUACGAAUGAGGCAUUUCCCCUAUUUGUAACUUGGAAAAUUGGUAAAGAGCAUCGACUUAGAGGGUGCAUAGGCACAUUCAAUGCCAUGCAUUUACAUUCAGGCCUUCGGGAAUACGCAAUAACAAGUGCCUUUAAAGACUCCCGCUUCUCCCCAAUUACACGGGAGGAAGUCCCCCGGUUGACGGUUUCCGUGUCUAUCCUGCAGCAUUUCGAGGAAGCCGAGCAUUACCUAGACUGGAAGCUGGGAAAACAUGGAAUUCGCAUCGAGUUCGUGAGCGAACGUGGCUCGAAACGCACUGCAACCUACUUACCUCAAGUUGCUACUGAACAAGGCUGGGACCAAAUACAAACAAUUGAUUCUCUCCUCCGAAAGGGUGGAUACAAAGCAGCCAUUACAGCUGACAUGCGACGGAGUAUUAAGCUGACUAGAUAUCAGUCAGAGGAAAUCUCCGCUUCCUACAAUGAUUAUAUCAACCAACGUUGCUAGCAAAUAGCCUCUCAGCCCUGCUUAGGGUACCCUAACACGUUAUUCGCGUAUCCACCUCCUUUUAUAUAUCGGACAAACGAGAGUGACAGUGUUAACGUAGCAUCUAAGAAUACAUA